AUGACAAAUAUUAAAAUAAUAAUUGCUUUGCCUAGUUUGCUAAAUCAGAAGCCACCAGUUUAUACUAAAUGGACUGACAAGGAAGAUGAACUGCUCAAGGAAGCUGUUCAAAUUUAUGGACCUCACAAAUGGUCACUUAUUGCAACACAUGUACCUAAUAGAACACCUAUGCAAUGUUCAGCUAGAUGGGUUGGUGCGUUGAAUCCGUCGAUUUUGAAGGGUCGUUGGACGACUCAAGAAGAUAAUGCAUUGCGAGAUGCUGUGAAUCAAUAUAUGAUGAAUUCUAUUGAUUCACAAGGUAAUCCACAACCAAUCCCAUGGAACAAAGUUUCUAAAUGUAUUCCUGCAAGAACUGGUGCUCAAUGUCAAGCUCGGUGGACUGAGGCAUUAGAUCCUCGAAUUAAGAAGGGCAAAUGGUCACCUGAAGAAGAUGAAAUACUUAAGGAAGGCGUUAGAUUAUAUGGUCGUUGCUGGAUUCGUAUUGCUGAAAUGAUAACUGGAAGAACUCAACCAAGAUUCGUAGUAAUCGGGACUUUAAGUGAAAUAAUGGAAUGGAUGAGAUUAAACGGCAAUCUUACAUGUGAAUACGAUGACGACAGUGGCGAUAAAGAUAACAAUAAAGAUUAUUAUGAUAACAUCAUUAAAGACAAUAAUAAAAGUAAUGUGACUCAUGUCGAUAAAUCUUCAAAUUCUUCUUCUCCUUCCACAUCUACAACAACAAUCUUUCAUUUGGUGAUAAAACCUGAACAGCUAUAUCAGCUUCAUAAUGGAAAAUAUUACACUGUUAGUAAAGAAAGUGUCAAGUAUGAAGUUGAAGAAGGCUACACGGUGAUUAAACGUAGUAGAUGUCAGAAUGGUAUAACAUUAAGCCAUGUGUUACGUAAAUGGACAACAAAUUCAGAUAAUGACAAAAAUCAUCAUCAUUCAAAAAAGUCUGCUAAUGUUAAGCUUGGUUCUGAUUUCGAUUAUUAA